GCGGAGGAGAAGCUGCUCCCCGACGUCGUGGCCCACCGAGAGGUGGGUGAAGGUCAGGGGCGGUCUCCGCCGCCCCGUCAGUUCGGCCCUGACGGCUCAGCCCGCUUCCUGAGUAGCCAUUGCCAUGCAGACCCCCGAGACUAUAAAACCAGGUAUCCAUGCGGGCGGCGACUCCCGCGCCGCCAAGCCCCCCAAGUAAGGAGCAAGCGCCCUGGCGUGGCCCGGCCCCCGCGAGAGGGGAGGAGGCGGAGGAGCGGCGCCGGGAGAUUGAGGAGCGGCGCGCCCCGCCAAGGCUAGAGGCAGGCGCGCACGGCGGGCGCCACCGUCUCAGCAGGGGAGCGGUGCUGCCCCCGGUGUGGGUGAGUGGCGCGGCUCCCAGCCACGACGGACUGAGGGGCGCCGGACACUGGGAAAGCAGCGGGAGAGUCAGGAGGGGCCCGAGCUUCGGCUCCCGUCGUCUUGUGGCGGGCCAGGCGCGGAGCCCGGAGUAGCGAGCAACUACACCAUCAGGCGGGAAGCCCAGGGAAGGAGCAGCGAGACGCCGGGCGUGCGGCCCAGGAGCGGCGGGGCAGCUGGAGGACAGAGUGGGAACCUCAGGACCCUCGGCCGCAGCCGCCCACGCGCGGAGGGAGCCAUACCCGAGCGUCGGCGGGGGCCGGAGCCCGGUGGGGCUCAGAAACAGGGGCGCCCCCGUGCGGAGCUGCCGGGCCGCCUGGGCGCGGCGGCCGAGGCCAUGCUCAAGCCCAAGGACCUGUGCCCCCGAGCGGGUACGCGUACCUUCCUGGAGGCCAUGCAGGCGGGCAAAGUGCACCUGGCCCGCUUUGUGCUGGAUGCGCUGGACCGCAGCAUCAUCGACUGCCGCGCGGAGCAGGGCCGCACGCCGCUUAUGGUGGCCGUGAGCUUGCCAGACCCCGCGCUGCGCGCGCGCUUUGUGCGACUACUGCUGGAGCAGGGUGCAGCAGUGAACCUGCGGGACGAGCGCGGCCGCACGGCGCUCAGCCUGGCGUGCGAGCGCGGCCACCUGGACGCCGUGCAACUGCUGGUGCAGUUCAGCGGCGACCCCGAGGCGGCCGACUCGGCGGGCAAUAGCCCGGUGAUGUGGGCGGCAGCGUGCGGCCACGGGGCGGUGCUCGAGUUCCUGGUGCGCUCUUUCCGCCGCCUCGGCCUGCGCCUCGACCGCACCAACCGGGCGGGCCACACGGCGUUGCAACUGGCCGCCGCCCGCGGCCACGGGACCUGUGUGCAGGCCCUCACCGGGCCCUGGGGCCGCGCAGCCGCCGCCGCCGCCGCCGCCGCGGCUCGGGGCUCCAACUCCGACAGCCCCCCUGGCCGUCCGGCUCCCGCGCCCAGCCCGGAGCGCCGAAGACCCAGUCCCCGCCGCCUACCGCGGCCGCUUCUGGCGCGCUUUGCUCGAGCGGCCGGCGGCCAUGGUCACGGCGGCGAGGCUGGCUCAGGGGGUAAGGGCUUCGGUCGGCACCGGGUGCAGGGCAGCGAGCGGCCGGAGCUGGGCCGGAGCAUGAGCCUGGCGUUGGGUGCCGUGACCGAGGAGGAGGCGGCUCGACUGCGGGCGGGAGCCCUGAUGGCACAACCACACUCGCCUCAGUCUUCAGGCGUUGGGCGGUGGCGUUCGCAGGAGGUGCUGGAGGGAGCGCCCCCAACCUUAGUGCAAGCCCCUGUCGGCCUUAGCCCCCACCCCGAGGGCGGCCCCGGCUCUGGCCGCUCGGGUUUGCGCCGACGCUCUACAGCUCCAGACAUCCCCAGCCUGGUCGGGGAAGCACCUGGGCCCGAGAGCGGCUCAGAAUUAGAGCCCAACGCUCUGCCCCAUUCGGUGCCUGGGCCUCAGCCUUGGCAGGCGGGCACGGAGGCCGUGGUGCUGCACGCUCAGCAGUAAACAGCCUCGAGGCCGAGCCCUGCUCCCCCCACCUUCCCCUCUCUGCUCCACUGGGAUUUCUUUUUCCCAGGUCCCUCACCUUCCUGGCAGUUUCCCACCCCCAGAUCCUAGCACCUGUCCCUGCUGCCAAGGUGAGAGCUCCCUCAGCCCUCUCUCCGAAACGGACCCCUAUCUUAUUUCUUUUUUGUGCUUGUUGGUAUUCCUUGCCCGAGUCGCUCACCUUUUCUAAAGGCCUGCCGUUCCAGUCCUGGAAGCGAGGAGUAGAAGACUGGAUCCGUAGGCUACAGCUUUCCAGCUGGACCCCCUUCCCUGAGCGCUAAGGCGCACUCCCGCGUCUUUCAGGCUCCUGCCGGGUUUCCUUCCCCUUGCUGGGUUUUCCCACACCCUAGUCAGCCAGCCAGGCAGAAGAGUUGUCCUGUAGAACAAAGGCCUAGCCUCCCCACCCCCCCACUCCCCCUCCCCCACCCCUCAACCCCUGCCCCCCCUACCCCAGUGUUGCUGACAGUAGUGCCCCACAUGACCUAAGUAUCCCUUCCCCUUGUGCUGGAGUGAUGGAGAAGGGGAGCCUGGAGAUGGGCCUCGGAGCCUUUCUGAACGGGAGGGAAGGAGUCUGGAGGUUACAUUUUUAGGGGGAGAAACUCCUGCCUCAAGACAUUGAAAGCAUAGUUUGGGGGUGGGAGGAAUGCUAGUUGUCCCUUGAACCAGCUUCUUCUGCCUCAGCCGGAGGCAGACCCAAGAUUCAACUUCAUCGACAAUGUGGGGUCAUUCCCCCCAUCCCGCUCACGCGCCCCCCUCGCCCCCCCUUGCCCAGCCCAGCUCUGGGCUCUUAAGCCUGUUUCCUCUCACUCUCAGAGGCCUGAAAUGGAAAGGACUUAGCACUUCCCCCGCCCCCACCGCCUCGCAGCUCCCGGUCUUGCACGUGGGUGCUCCCGCAGGGGGGAACGGUUGCGAAGGCUUUGAUUAAUUGUAUUUCUUCCAAUCCUCAAAGAACUCGUGUUUUGAGUCUUUGUAUGUGAAGCAGAAAGCAGCGGGUCUGAUCCGAGGCUUAAGAACCUGACAAUGUCUCUUUAAAUAGAAGCUCCGCGAGGGGGAUAAUUGACUGAAGUGUUUGCCACGUUAAAGGCGGCGGCGCGCGGGAGUCUGAAGCCCACACGAAUGGCAGGUCCGGGUUUAAAUUAUAUCAAACUCCUUUGAGAGCUGGAAGAGGGCUGUUAAACGGUUCCUGCUUCUCUCUGGGCCGUUAAUAGAGGGCAGGGUGGAUAAUGGAUGCUAGAGCUCGAGACCAAGGACCCCUGCCUCUGCCCCAAAGCGUGGGAUGCAGGCCCGGCUCAGCUUCAGUACUGGGCAGAUUAGUGAGUCAGAGGCAAUUGCGGAGAGGUGGUUAAAGGCCCUUUCCUAGCCCGGCCCUUCGUCCCCAUCCCUCCCCGCCCCCGCCCUCAUCUUUGUGCCGGCCUAGCGAGAAGGGUCUGGAGGGUCUGGCGAAUCGCGUGCCCUAGGAUCCUGCUGAAGCGCCAGCACACGAACCUGUGUGCCCAGCCCGUGGGGUGGCAGCACGUGGGGAGUUUUUUGUGAACCCCGAAGGUUGAGCGUGCAGCCCUUCAGCUGCCGGCCGUGGGGUCUUUUCAAGACGUCGAUCUAUUCAUCUUUGCAGAACGGAAGGUUUUUCACCAAUAACUCUAGGGGAACUGCCCAGAGCGAGAAUGACCUGUGAUGAGAAAUUGGGCCUGGGGUGAGGGAUGGGUGAUCAGGGUCCGGCCUCGUGUAAGUGUCAGACACCUCCCCAGUGCUUCCACCGCUCCGGGGUCCGCGAGGCCGCGAGGGCCCAGACACUGGACGUGAUCUCUGGUGCCCCCUGGUGGCAAAGUUGCGCUCUCGCUGCGCCCAGGCUCGGAGUUCAGCCUUGUGGUUUUAUUUGGAGCCACCGCUGUGUACUUCUCCCUCCCUGUGCACUUACCCAUGGAAUCCUCUUCCUCUUGUAGUGUAUUAAAUCCGGAUACUUGAAGUCAUUUCACAGCAGUGAAGUGAGGGACAAUGAACAAAAAACUCGCAUUUGGAGUAGCAGGAGGCCAGACCCUUUACUUAGGACACCAAGAUCUUCCAGCUUAAGGCUCCAUAUAGAGAGCUCCUGCUGUCUUCUGAGAAACUGGAGCUUCCAACCCGUCCCUUACGAUUUCUGAACCUUGAGACCUGCUGAUUAUGCACUGUUUUCUUCUGAUGUGAUUUGCUUUCGUUUCUGGGGUGUUUUGCCCUUCUCCCAUUUUUCUCUCCCCACAUAUCUGCCUCUCCUCAGUCCCACUGUCUGGGUGGCGGCAGAACUGAAAAGUUCUGAAAAACGCCUGAAAAGCCAGAAGGAGAGAAUCUGGGGUGGGAUGGGUGGUAAUUGGACGCCCCAAGUGCAAACUCCUUUUUUCUGAUCCUUGCUUGUUCACUUAUCCUUUUCCAACUGUGUUUAAUUUUUAUGAAGUUUACUUUUAAUGGUGUAAGAAUACAAGUAUUUUGGCUUCUUCAGAAUACCACAUUGAAGACAUGGGUCUGGGUUGCACAUUGUGUUGAAGGUGCUGUCAUGUUUCAAGUGUUGCCGACAUGGGGAUUUCUGGUUGAACGUCACCUUGGGCCCUUUAUUGGAUAAACAAACAACUAUGAGGGCUUCUCUCUGGAAUUGCCAAGGGUUUGGCGGUUGAAAGUGAUGUUUCUAAAAAACCACAGCAGAUCUUUCCUGUCUGAACUGAAUUGUGUGUUUGACUGCCUUGCUGUUCUUGCAGAUUUCUUACCAGGCCCAGCUCUGUGCAGAACUUAGAUGUUUCACCACAUUUCGCUAUCCUGAACUUCCCCUUAUUGUCAGCCCCAAGGCAUUGAGGCUGGGGUCCCCUCGAGCUCAAUCUGGUUUAGAAGAGACUGUUCUAAACAUUUUGUUUUUCCAAUUCUUGUUGCUUUCGUCAUUGUGAAGUCACCUGUGCCACUGGAGCUGGUACUCUCGGGUCAAGCUCAGAACCGGUCUGUGUGUGAGGCUAAAUGACAUACGCACAUGCUUUUGGAAUGACACUGUGCAGUGGAAGGACUCUUAGAGCUCAAAAGAAUAGUUAAUAAAUCCAGUGUUAUUCAGUUGCAAGAA